AUGGCCAUCGACUUCUUCUCGGAGAAAACAAAAGACGACUCUAAAGCAGCACCAGCAAAUGUUGCCCACGAUGUCGAUAAUGGAGUCCCUGACGGGAGUAAGGAUGGCACCCACGAUAUCGAGGAGGGAGUCCACCACCAAGCGAAGCUCAGCCGUGGCUUGCAGGGUCGACACAUGCAGAUGAUCGCAAUUGGAGGUUCUAUCGGCGCUGGUCUCUUUGUCGGUUCUGGCUCUGCAUUGCAGUCUGGCGGUCCCGCCUCGUUGGUCAUUGGGUUCAUCAUCAUCGGUGCCAUGUUACUAUGUACCGUGCAAGCUCUGGGCGAAUUGGCGGUUUUGUAUCCGGUCAAUGGAGCCUUUUACGUUUACGGAGUUCGAUUUAUUGAUCCUGCUUGGGGCUUUGCCAUGGGGUGGCAAUAUGCUAUCGGUUGGCUGGUCACGCUUCCGUUCGAGAUCACCGCUGCGGGCAUCACAAUUGACUACUGGCACCACUACAACAUUGGCAUUUGGAUUGCCGUGUUUCUCACAACCCUCAUUAUCGUCCAGUUCUUUGGCGUCAAGGGCUACGGAGAAGUCGAAUUUGUCCUUGGUAUCAUCAAGAUUGUCGCCGUGCUCGGCUUCAUCAUCUUCGGCGUCAUCGUCGACUGUGGCGGUAUCCCCGGCGAUGACCGUGGAUACAUUGGCUUCAGAUAUUGGGAUGACGCCGAAAAUGGCAACAAGGCUUUCCGCAAUGGUUUCAAGGGCUUUUGCUCCGUCUUUGUGACUGCUGCUUUUGCAUUUGGAGGGACUGAACUGGUCGGUUUGGCCGCUGCCGAGGCCGCCAACCCCAGGAAAUCACUGCCAAAGGCCACCAAACAGGUCUUCUGGCGCAUUGCCGGCUUCUAUGUCGUCUCGCUGCUCAUCAUGGGCAUCAUCGUGCCCAAUAGCUCUCCCGACCUGCUCAACUCUUCGGGGGCAAACACCAAAGCCUCGCCCUUUGUCCUUGCCAUCAAGUACGCCGGAGUCAGCGGUCUGCCCUCGGUGUUUAAUGCCGUCAUCACCAUCUCCGUCAUGUCUGUGGCGAAUUCGUGUACCUACGGCUCCACCCGCACCCUGCAGGCACUGGCCCAGGCGGGCAUGGCGCCCAAGUUUCUGGCGUGGAUCGAUAAGAAAGGCCGUCCCGUGUGGCCCGUCGUGAUCCAGAUGGCAUUUGGGCUGUUGGCGUUCAUCAACGAGGCGGCCACCGGCGCGACGGUGUUCAACUGGCUGCUCGCGCUAACGGGGUUGUCGUCGUUUUUCGUGUGGGGCUCCAUCUGCUACAGCCAUAUCCGCUUCCGCUCGGGCUGGAAAGCCGCCGGCCGCUCGCUCGACGACCUCCCCUUCCGGUCGCAGCUGGGCGUGUAUGGGUCGUGGUUCGGGGUGUUUCUGGUGGUGAUCUGCAUGGCCGCGACCUUUUACGUCGAUCUGUUCCCGCUGCACGGCGACCCGGACGCCGAGACGUUUUUCGAGGGCUACAUCGCGCUCCCGAUCGCGCUGGCCCUGUUUGCCUUUUGGAAGCUGUGGACCCGCGACUGGUCGUUCAUGGUCAAGGUUCAGGACAUGGACCUCGACACCGGGAGGAGGGAGUUUGAGGAUAUUCCGGGCGAUGAUGAGGCAGGGGAGAGGAAGAUGAGUGUGGGGAGGAGGCUGAGUCGGGCGAUUUUCUAG